UGCUGAUUAGAUUAGACAUUAGAUAUAUUAGAGAGAGGAGAGUCCCGAGGGGGAAGCAGAGACCGGAUCGUCGAAUCGAGAGUCGCAAGGGAACGAGACGGAGCGAUGGCGACGUCCAUGGCAAGAUCGGGUCUUCGAGCGGCGGCGGCGGCCGCCCUCCGUGGAGAGGCGAAGAGCGGCGCCCGCCCGGUUCUUCUCAACAAGAGGAGCUUCUCCGCCUCUGCCCACCACGACGACGCCUAUGAGACCGCGAAAUGGGAGAAGAUUACAUACGCUGGAAUCGUGACCUGCACCAUUCUGUCCAUCUAUAACCUGUCCAAGGGCCAUCCCCACCAUCCCGAGCCGCCGCCUUACCCAUAUCUGCACAUCCGGAACAAGGAAUUCCCCUGGGAUGGAGAUGCUUCUUUCCCUAUGCAUAGAUGCUAAAUAUUUUAUAGGUGCCUGAAAAAGCUUGUUUCUUAAAAAGGUCCCGAUGGGCUUUUUGAGAAGAAGCAUUCUGAGCACUAGGAUAUACCUUUGUUAGGAGACUUCUAGUUGUGUUCAAUAAUCUCCGCUGGUUGUGAAGUGAAAUUCGAGCAGACAUAUUUCGAAUCUAUCUUCUAGUUUUUCUUUCUUGCAAAUCUAAUAAGCUUGUUGAACCUACUUUCAGUAUUGAAGAUACUGCAGUUUGACAUAAUUGUAUGCUGUAGAUCUCUCAGCAAAUAUGUAGCCUUCGGUUUGGUUGAGCUUUGUUUAAUUUAAAGUAUGCUUGUGCUCGGUUAUCGCUGAGCAGAACUGCUGGAAUGAAGUGUGAUGCAAGUGAACUGCUUUUGUGGA